CGGAGUGUAGGGCCGGGUUGGAGGGGCUCGGAUCAUGGCGGAGAAUCACUGCGAACUGCUCCCGGCUCCUGGCGCCACUGCGCUCGGGGUGGGACCAGGGGGCGGCUUGUGUCGGCGCUGUGGCUCCGGGCUCGCGCCCCUCGGGGAGCGGGCAACCGGCGGCGGUUCCAAAUGGGUCCGGCUCAACGUGGGCGGCACCUACUUCCUCACCACCCGGCAGACGCUCUGCCGGGACCCAAAAUCCUUCCUUUACCGCCUGUGCCAGGCAGAUCCGGACUUGGACUCGGACAAGGAUGAAACAGGUGCCUAUUUAAUAGACAGAGAUCCUACCUAUUUUGGACCAGUCCUGAACUAUUUGAGACAUGGAAAACUGGUCAUUAAUAAGGACCUCGCAGAGGAGGGGGUGCUGGAGGAAGCUGAAUUUUAUAACAUCACUUCACUAAUAAAACUUGUAAAGGACAAAAUUAGAGAACGAGACAGCAAAACAUCACAGGUGCCAGUCAAGCAUGUCUACAGAGUGCUUCAGUGUCAAGAGGAAGAGCUCACCCAAAUGGUUUCAACCAUGUCUGAUGGCUGGAAGUUUGAGCAGCUGGUCAGUAUUGGUUCAUCUUAUAACUAUGGAAACGAAGACCAAGCUGAAUUUCUUUGCGUUGUCUCAAAGGAGUUGCAUAAUACCUCUUAUGGCACAACCAGUGAACCCAGCGAAAAGGCAAAGAUUUUGCAAGAGAGGGGUUCCAGGAUGUGAAGACCACAGUAUUGAGAGCUGAAGAAUUUUUACUUUUUUUCCUCCCAAAAUACAAUGAAUUGCCAUGUUGAAGAGGCUUGGCUGUAAGAAGAAACCUGCUUUAGACAAUUUUCAAUUGA